AAAAGAUAGAUUUCCUCAUUAAAAUUUUCUCGUAUUCCUCGGGACGUCUAAAACCGAGAAAGCUUUCCUCAAGUUUCUGUAAUGUUCAAAUUCAUGUCGAAAUCGCGGAGAUAUUCCAGAAGGAAUUUUCUACCACACGAGCAUCUUCUGUGGGCGUAUUCGCCAUGCCGGAUGAACCAUUCGAAAAUUUGAAACAAGAUGUAUCUGUUCGCGAGAGGCAGUCGAGUGGAGGCAUCAACAAUGGGGAUUAUCAGCAUUGGCUGAGCCGACUUCAGAGUUUAAAAGAAUCGAUGAUAGAGAGAAAUCGACAACUCUCCGAAUUGGACGAUCUUUUUAAGCAUUUAGAAUUUAAUCGUUCUCUGAAUAAUUACGAAGGUCCGAAGACAUCACGGUACGAAGCCGUAAAUCUUCUCUGUAAAGAAGUAAGAAGCGUCUAUAAAGACUCGGAAGUCGAUUGGUCUUUGGUGUAUAAUGCAGGUUGCACUAUAGAUGAUACAGUUUUACCUGAACACGUGACGGAACCUAAUGAUCUCGAUCGUUUGAUCAGCGGGACAUUCAGAUCAUUUUUGAUGGCUCUUCCUACACCUCCAACAAUUAUCACGAUAGCCAGAUCUAGUGAUGACGAUUACACCCCUGGCGAAAACGUUGAUCAAAUUCAAGUUGACGUUCUUGACCAACUUCGUGAACACUUGGGAUCAGAAAUAGAUAUCAAAUUGACUUAUCAGGAAAACGAAGAACAAGUUUAAUUUUUCAAAAGAUGUAAUCUUUUAUCUAAAAUCUUUGUGAUUUUUCAAAUAAAGAU